AUGUCAGACAGUCAACCUGUCAGAGCGGUCAGACAGUCCACCAGCGAUGUCAUAUUGGUUGUGUUGAGCACACCAAUUACAGCUUUAGAAAUACUGUCGUGUGGUCAUCAACUAGAGAGAGAGUUUCUAUCUGCCGAAAAUAAAGAAUUGCGGCAAGUUUCCUACCGGCAGACUGUUACACGAUCACAUGUUCAAUGUGUGAGUUAUUGCCAUGCUGAUCCUCAGUGCCUAUCGGUCAAUUACCACAUUGACACUCACUUGUGUGAUCAGAAUAAUGCUACCAGGGCUCGGUAUUCUGACCACUUCAUCACACACUUUGGAAGUGUGUACUUUGAUGCCGAUGUAGACACGCCUCUCCUCUCUCUGCCUGAUCCCAAACCCUCUACACGACCCGAUACACCAACCCCAAUCCAGCCUCGUUACAGCAGUUGCAAGAAGCUUCUUGAAGCAGGUCAUACCGAGAAUGGUAUCUUCACAAUAUUUCCCGCUGGCUUUAGUGAUGGUCUGAGGGUGUACUGUGACAUGGAGACUGAUGGCGGGGGAUGGAUCGUCAUCCAGAGGCGUCAAGACGGUAGCGUGGACUUCUACCGCAACUGGGUCGACUAUCGUGUUGGUUUCGGUGACUUGGACGGUGAGUUCUGGCUCGGGAACGACAACCUCCGUAAUCUGACUGAGUUUGGAGGAAUGUGGCGGCUGAGAAUCGACUUCGGAAACUGGUUGAAUGACACAGCCUGGUCGGAAUAUGAAGGUUUCCGUAUUUCUGGAGAGAACUUUCGGCUCAACGUGGAUUCUUACAACGAGAACAGCACUGCAGGGGACUCGCUCCUUAAUGGUCCAAAGCCACGGCUCGUGCAUAAUGGAAUGAUGUUUUCAACAAAAGAUAAACAAAAUGACAACGACAACAUCGGUUGUGCUACAAAGUACCAUGGGGCGUGGUGGUACAACGACUGUUUUGUGUCUACUCUGAAUGGUCGGUACUAUGUAGGAGGGACAGAAACCCUCGAUGGCAUGCACUGGAAUGGUUGGAACAACGAAAAAACCGUGAAGACAUGCUCAAUGAAAUUUCGCCCAGUUGACUAG